AUGGACGGCAGCAUGGAUCCCUCCUCGAUGGACUUCGUGAUGCACCCCCACCACCAUCACUCUCAUAACUCCUCAGCUUCCUCCUCAGGCUCGCCGUCUCGCUGUCCAGCCAUGCGCGCCGCUCAAGAACAACAGCAGCAGAAUCAGCAUCCGCCCAUGGCUUCGCCAAAUCGUGAGACCUCUCACUACGAUCCGGUCUACGGCAACGUCCCGAACAGAACUUGGUUCCAGCAACCGAUUCCUUCACCACAACCACCACAGUGGCGGCAUCAUAUGCUGUCACAGCAACCUGGGUUCGUACCCGAGUCUUUCCAGCCCUCGCCUGCCCGUGCUCCUGGCCGUACGAACCCCACGAACCCCACGAACCCCACGAACCAACUGCCGUACCCUAUAAUGAACCAGCACGACAUGCUCACUCCCGUACCGCACUUUUACUACCGACCAGCCGGGGCAGUACCGACUCCGUCUCGACUCGGAAGCACGGCUCCCGCCCAACACAGCGCAGGGGGGUAUCUUGGCCCGGGUCAGGCUCAAGGAAGUGCCCACAACCCGCAGCGGCAUUCCCAAAGAACUGGCGGCGGUGGGUAUCCUACAACCAACUCUAUGUCUUCUUCGACCGCGCCCCGCACAGCACAGCCUUCGUCGUCAGUAUCAAACGAGAAUGUCCGUCCGGACCAGCAGUCUGACGCCUCACGCCGCCACUACCUACAGCAAAGCAGCAUGGGUCUUCUACCAUCGUAUUUGGGACCGGAAUCCAGUAUACAGGGCGGCCCAGGCGGUCGAGGUCAAGGUCAAGGUCAAGAUGAGGGUGAGGGUGAGGGUUCCCGGACAGCAGCUUCACAAUCGCCUGCGGAAUCAGCACAGUCUACAUCCCGUGAUGCAGUUGAACGGACGGCACGUACGUCUGGUCAAGAUGAUAUGCGGCGACCGGCUACAAAUGCCAGACGAUACCUCCCUCGGAUGCCCACAUCGAGUUCAGACUGGUCUAGUGACGAUGAUCCCGACUCGCCGUUUCCGGAGCCGGGUGCGGUGAGUUUCUACCAGGCGACCUCUUUGGGUUCGCAAGGCGAAGACCCUGCUAGAGUGCAGCAGCUUCUCAGGGGCUCUGUCUCUGGGAAACGCGUGGCUUCAAAAAAGGCCAUUGCCUCUUUGCAGAGCGUUGACGUGUCAGACCUACCCGAGAGUGAGAGAACGUGUAUCAUUUGCUAUAAUGAUUUCGGUGUAGCCAACCCUGAAGGUGUCAACGAGGCUCCUCUGAAACUGCCAAAAUGCAAGCACGUCUUUGGUGAUCACUGUAUCAAGAAGUGGUUUGAAGAGUCAGACAGCUGUCCCUAUUGCAGAGAUAAGGUUCCUUCAGAACCUCAAUAUCGCCAUGCAACGUCCCAACAUGAUGUCUACAACUUUGUGCGCCAUCAACAAAUCCAGUUCCGAGCUUUGCAGACCCAGUCUCGUGAUCGUGAGUCGCGAGACACGAACUCCUCAGAGCAAGGUACAAAUACAGGGCUCAAUGCUGUAUCAGCAAGCAUAACCGCGAGUCAACUUGGUGAGCUUGGGUACAACUCCCGCGCGUUCGCCACAGCCAGCAGCAGGCUGAUGAGCUCCGCUUACGGCACUCGAUCGGCUGCCUAUGCCACGACUGGAGAACGCCGUUCUCCCCCUAAUGAAUUCAACGAGAACCGUCGGAGAACUCGGCCGCGUCAUGGUAGCGCUCGGGGCUCUCCCCCAUCGGGCCGGCCGAGCUCGUUUGGAUCGUCUCCGGCCACUGGCUUGUCACAAACACCGUACCCGUGGCUCGGUAGACAAGCUCCGAAUCAGAGUCAUCGGGAUUCUCCGAAUGCGUCUGGGUCACCCACUUCGCCGGCGUAUGACCUGAGCGCUACUUUCCCGUUUCAGCCACACACGGGCGGCCCAUCUGAUCCGUAUAUCAACCCGUUGAAUAUGAGGGGUCUGAACACAGCUGAUGAUUAUGCGGCCCCUCUGUCUCCCACCAUGGGAGGCCCGGAUACCUACAUGGCGAAUUCAGACCAUGCCGCAUACAAUCACACGACUUCCCACCAGCAGUCAUAG